ACACGAACCUUGUUUCUGACGGACAACAACAAGACGGGCAAGCUAGGCGCAAACUGUCGAGGAUACCUGUCGUAACUUCGUAAAAUCUGGGAUUUAAAUUGUCAUCCGGAUUCUUGUGGUUGAAGGGUUUCAGUAGACGGAUAAAUGUCUGAUACAUCAGAACCUCCUAAAAAAGAAGAAGAAGAGGAGGUUACGCCUGAACCAGAGGAGCAAUCCGACGACAGCAGUGAGGAAGAGGCUACAGGAGACACAGAGAUGGACUUCCUGCGUAAUCUCUUCUCCAGCACCAUGGGCCUUGGCUCAGCAGACAAAGUUCUGGAUGAGUUGACUCUGGACGGAGUGGCACGCUACAUAAAGAGUGGAAAAUGUAAAAACAUCAUCUGCAUGGUUGGAGCAGGAAUAUCCACAUCGGCUGGGAUCCCUGAUUUCCGCUCACCGGGAACUGGCCUGUAUGCAAACUUGCAAAAAUAUAACUUGCCUUACCCAGAGGCCAUCUUCCAGAUAGACUACUUUAAGAAACAUCCAGAGCCUUUUUUCGCCUUGGCCAAAGAGCUUUACCCAGGACAGUUUAAGCCGACAGUCUGUCACUACUUCAUGAAGCUGCUGAAGGACAAGGGGCACCUGAGACGCUGCUACACACAGAACAUUGACACCCUGGAGCGUGUGGCCGUCGAGGGUGAGGAUCUAAUUGAAGCUCAUGGAACGUUCUACACGUCUCACUGUGUGAGCUUCUGUUGCCGCACGGAGUACAACCUGGACUGGAUGAAAGAUAAAAUCUUUUCUGAUGACAUUCCCCGAUGUGACAAGUGCAGCAGUUUGGUGAAGCCAGAUAUUGUCUUCUUUGGAGAGAAUCUACCUGUCCGGUUCUUCACUUCAAUGAAGAUGGACUUUCCUCGCUGUGAUCUUCUCAUCAUAAUGGGGACGUCUCUGCAGGUCCAACCAUUUGCAAGUCUAGUCAGCAGGGUUUCAAAAAGUUGCCCCAGACUGCUGAUUAACAUGGAGAAGACAGGGCAGGCUGAUCCUCUGUUCGGUUUACUCGGUUUUGGAGGAGGGAUGGACUUUGACUCAGAGAAGGCGUACAGAGAUGUGGCUCACAUUAGCACAUGUGAUGAUGGCUGUUUGGCUCUAGCUGACCUGUUGGGAUGGAAGGCAGAGCUGGAAGAAUUGGUGAAGCAGGAGCACGCCCGGAUCGACAGUCAAGACAUGAAAGGGAAGACCAGUGAGAGCAAAGAAGCUGCAGCCAAGGCGAGCUCUGCAUCAGUGCCACCAGAGACCACAAAGGAGGAGUAACUAAUUAAAAAAGCUGCCUUUUAUGCCAGAAAAGCUACUGGAGUGAUGUGGCGGUUUGGCGUUGGCAGAUAAUGAUACCAUGGUGUGAGUUUGGAAGUGAGGCUUCAACGAGUGUCUGUCACACUCUCAUUUUCCAUCUGCGGCCAUUUAAUCUCCUGAAGAAGCUCGGAGGACAUCUGACGUCCCUGUGUUUAAUGCUCCUGUUUAUAUCAGCUGUUUGCACUUAAACCUACUUUCCAGAUUUGAUUGCAUUGACUUACAUUUGUUUCAACUGUAUAUUUCUUCCUGAGGCAGUUUAUGCAUGGGCAGAGUUUACUGCAGUAGACAAGUAUGCCUGUAUUUCAGCAACAUGUGUUUGCAGAUCUCACAGAGUGUGGAAGUUUGUUAAGAUCUCCCAUACUCUGGUAGUGUGAUCAUGACUUUGUUGCAUUAUAGGACAAGCUACAACAUUGUCCCCAAACCAACUAUUGCACACAUCUAAUUUAGUGACUUGGGUCAAGCCACCUCAACUCUCUUCAGACUAAGCUUACACAUAAGAUAGCCAGCUUGUCUGUAUUUUUUCUGUCAUGUUUUCCCUCGAGCCAAAAUAUGUUGGCGUGAUUGGUCAUUGACCUCUUAAAAGUACUUCCUGGUAGUUGUAAAUAUAACAAUAGGAUAAUUGCUUAUGUAGAAGUUUUAAAUUAGCAGUGCUUUUCAGAUUAACCUUCUGCUCCUGUUUGAUUGAUUUUUUCCUUUCUUUUAACACACUGUUCUCAGAAGUUUAUUGAACAACAAACUGCACAAAAUAUUAAUACAUUUUUUGUCUUUCUGCAGCCAGGACUUUAGUUGGUUGAGUUUGAUGACUUUGGGGGUAGAUUAAGUGCUGCAGAGACACAAGAAGGAUAAACAGACAAUAGUUGCUAAAAUAAGUUAUAAUGAAGUACAAUACAGUUAAUACUACCGGUAAUAGUAUUUUCAUAGGAAACUAUUUGGGUUUUAGUAUCUGAAAAAGCAUGAAUUGUUACACCAUGAAAUACAAAAAUAUAGUGGGUGGACACAAUUACAUUACCAUCUGUACAUAAUAAUGAAAAUCAAUACAACCAAUCCUGCAAUAAAUUUGACCUUUGUAAAACUGAUAA